AUGGCUACCACUCAACGUGCCGUGGUCGUCGAUAGCCCUGGUGUGGCCGCAUUGGUCCAUGAUCGGGCCAUGCCCAAGUUACGAGAUGAUUAUAUGCUCGUCAAGACCGUUGCUGUGGCUCUGAAUCCAACGGACUGGAAGCAUAUCGAUAAUUUGGUCUUAGAAUCGGGCCCACUAGUUGGUUGUGAUUAUGCAGGCAUAGUGGAAGAAGUUGGCCCAAAGGUGACCAAAGAAUUCAAAAAGGGCGAUCGGGUCUGUGGUAUGGCCCACGGAUGUAAUGUUUCCCAGCAUGAGGACGGCACCUUCGCCGAGCACAUUGUCGUGAAAGGCGAUUUACAGAUGAAAAUCCCGGAGAAUCUCAGCUUUGAGGAUGCCGCUACCUUAGGCGUUGGCCUUAUCACGCACCGCUACCGGCGCUUGGGAAUCCAGUUCACCAAGGCAUCUGGGUACCGCGUUAUCACGACAUGCUCCCCUCACAACUUUGACAUGGUUCGAUCGCUGGGGGCCGAUGCCGUCUUUGACUACCGAGACCCAGACUGUGGGAAGAAGAUUCGUGAUUACACCAACGACCGCUUGGCCAUCGCUUGGGACACCAUAUCAUUGCCCGCGUCGGCUGAAGUCUGUGCAGCUGCGCUGACCACGGGUCCGCAUGCCAAAUAUUCCUGCCUCCUUCAAGUUGAAUUUCCGAGGGCGGAUAUCAAGCCUACUGUCACCCUUGCCUACACUGCCUUCAAUGAGGAAUUUCGCAUUAAGAACCGUGUGGUGCCGGUUGUUCCCGGAGACUUUGACUUCACCAAAUCUUUCAUUGAGAUCUGCAGAAAAUUGCUGGCAACUGGAAAGGUGAAAGUCCAUUCCCCACGGGUCAACAAGGGCAUUGAGGGGGUGUUAGACGGGCUUGAGCUGCUGAGGAAGGACAAGAUUAGCGGCGAGAAAUUAGUCUAUGUGAUUUGA